GUAAUAAAACCUUGGAAGUACGACCCUUAGCUGUUGAUAAGGCAACCGCAGUUCGUGCCAUUAUGAAAGAUAUACAGUUUACACAGGAUGAAGUAGAUUUUGUACUCUGUAUUGGCGAUGGACAAACCGAUGAACCGGUAUUUACCUUACUGAAAGAAAAUUUUAAUGAUUGUUUUACGAGUACUGUCGAAAAGAAACAAACAGAGGCUAAUUAUUACCUUGAGAACAUUUCGGAGGUCCAACAAUUGUUGGAAAAAUUGGCAUCUGACUUAUAA